UAGGCGACAGGCGGUAUGAUCCUAGGCGCCAGGCGGUAGGCUAUACAUCAUCUUCUUCACGGCGUGGCUCCAGCAGCGCCAUUUCAUUCCUUCGUCAGUUUUGUUCUUGUGCGGACGUGCGUGUUCCUCUCUCUCCAAUUUUGACAAAAAAAUUACUUAGAUUUCUCUCUCUAAACGACCGUUUACGGGAAGAAGAGCAGUCAUCAAGAUGGACGCAAAAGUUGAGAUGGAUCAAGCCACGGCGGAGAAGAUCAUCGUCGUUCAGGCCGAUGCCGCGAAGGUCGUCGCUCAGGCGGAUGCCGAGAAACUCGUCGAUGGCGCGGAGCUCGUCGCUAUGGUCGAUGGCGCGGAGGGGGAGAUCAUUGCUGAGGUCGAUGCUGCGGCCAAGGCGGCUCUGGACAACAAGGCAAAUCAAUGUAAUCCAAACCACGGGCCGACGGGCAAAGAUCGUGCCGCCGGGUAUGAAGGGAAAGGAGAUGAAGCGGAUCUCGAUAAUCACGCUAAUCAACUCAAUCCCAACCAGAAGGAAUGAAUCUGGAGAUGCGUGAGACAAUUGUUAAAAUUAGAACCUCACCAUUUUCCAUACAUAAUUAUUUCAACAUUCCUUAUUAAAAUUCGUUGAGUAACUAUCUAUAGUUGCAGUUCUUUUUGUUAUCUUCUUACUUUUUGCUUUGAAUAAAGGAAUUUUUUCUUCUAAAAUGUA